CUUCGAAGUUGGAGCUACGGAAGAUAAACCUUAAACGAAACUAAACUCUUUAUUACUUGCUUUCACUUCUCUUUGCAAACGAAGUAAAAAGCUCAAUUAUUUUCUUUCAAUGGACGAAGUAAUGACAACCGUUGAUGCAUCCUCCAGCUUUCAAUUCUCAUCAUCAUCUCAACCGUCCAUUGUUCCCUCCAAUACCCCUCUGCUCUCUGCUUUCCUUGCCUUUGCCCUCGCCCAGUUUCUUAAGCUCUUCACCACCUGGUUUAAGGAGAAAAGAUGGGAUUCUAGAAGGAUGCUGAGAUCAGGUGGAAUGCCGUCAUCACAUGCAGCAACUGUGACUGCUCUUGCUUUAGCUAUUGGUCUACAAGAAGGAACUGGAACAACGAGUUUUGCUAUUGCGCUGGUUUUGGCAUGUGUUGUUAUGUAUGAUGCCACUGGUGUUAGACUUCAUGCUGGUCGCCAAGCUGAACUUUUAAAUCAAAUUGUAUGUGAGUUACCUCCCGAGCAUCCUGUCUCCAGUGUCAGACCUCUUCGAGAUUCACUAGGUCACACUCCACUUCAGGUUGCUGCUGGUGCUGUGCUGGGGUUCGCUAUAGCAGUUCUUAUGAGAAGUUCCACGUAGGGGGAUUAUAAGCUAACAAUGCCUCUCUGGUCUGGCUAGUCAACACUUAACAGACCCCUUCUCCUCCGGCAAAGCAUAUCGACUCCAUAGAAACAGCAAAUUAUCUGCUUCUACACUGCGGGGGGCUACUAAUUGUAAUUAUUUUCCCGGGUCUUAACUGGUACGCAGGAUAAACCAGCUACCUUCUGUGAAUAGAUUUAGCCUUGCUUAGUUAUCAGAUUUCUAAUUAUUUUUCAGUAUGAGCCGUUGUAGUACAAUGAGCUUGUUAGUGGUUAAUUCUUGCUUGAGAAUUUGUAAGUUAACAAUGUUUCAUUGGCACAUAUGAGUUCUUUUAAUCUUGUAUGUUUUAGCUUUAUGUGGAUUUUAACAGAUUGCUGAAAUUGUUAUGUUUUACAAUGUAAA